AAUGGUUAACGACAUUAUUUUUGAACGUAACGUUUUCAAGAAAAAGUUUAAAAAAGACGCUAUGACCAAUUCAACGGUUAAUAAUAAUUCAACUAAUCCAUCAACUGUCAACGUUGUUAGGAAGGCAUUAAAAAUUCCCACCAAUUUUGACUCAAUUACUGCAAAACAGAUUGCAAACUAUAAACAUUCUAAGGCUCAGGAAAUGUUUAAAGAACGAAACAAAAAGUUUGUGGAUGAGGAAGCAAGUAAAGGCUCCAAGAGCAACAAUUUCAUUGACUCUAAUAAUGGUCAUUCUGGUUGUCCUAUUGAUUUUUUGGAAGAUGUUGCUUCGCAGAGAAUUGGGAACAAUUUUGAGCAUCGACAUGAAUCUCCAAUCUCAAUGUCGUCUGGACCUUCUUUUAUGUUUCCCGUUCCUCCUAUGCAUCUUCUGGAAAGUUUUGGAUCUUAUGGACCUAUUCCUUCAUUCAAUCCACACAUUCCUCCGCCGAACCCUUUCAUGCCUAUGCGUUCAACAAAUACAUCUCCAAACGAUUUUCAACCAAAUAAUAAUGUUUCUGUUCCUCCUUCAAAAUCUCCUCCUCCGACGGAUUCAUCUAGUGUCAAGAACAACAAAAGAAUUGCCGAAAAUAAAAGUGUUGGAAAUAAGAUAGUCAAACAGGAAGCUGAAGAAGUGCCGGCGAACACUGAGGAUGAUAUUCCAUCUUUCCAAAGUCCUCCUGACAUUGUUAAUGGACAGAAAAUAUUAAAGACGGCGGAGGAGUUUAAUGAAGAUGAAAAGAAUAAAAAGAAGCAAGCUUUACUUUGGUCUUUGUGUCAAGAGGAACUCACUGUGCAGUCAUCUAUUGCUAAUGGGUCCAAAAAAAUUGAGGGAAUUCGAAAGAAGAUUGACACGUAUCACCAUGCUUUGUCUAACGAGGAAAUUAAAUUGCAAGAGUUGAAAUUAAAAGCGGAACAGUUGGCAGAACGCAGGAAGGAAUUGUUGAUGAGCACUGGAGAUUGA